UCAGCCACCAGUGCUUCAGUAGCUUACAAGUCAUCAGCAAUGCUGCAACAAACAAUCAUAUCCAGUGUUCCGAAUGCGUCUCAGGAUUCUAUGGUUUUGCCACAGAAUCAUCAAACAAGUGGCAUGCCAGCAGCUCCAUCUAAUCGAUUGCUUAACAGUAGUGCUUCUUUGUUCGCCCUUACCAAACAGUUAAACCGUAUGCAUUGUUUGGUGAGAGUAGUAGAUCAUUCACCAUCAACAACUUCAAUGAAUAUAGGUAGUGGUAUACUUGGA